GCGAUGGUGUCUCUAAACCCUCACAAUUAAUUAGGUGAACGGUAGGUUUGCCUCCCUUCUGUGCCAAAAAAAAAACAAGAAAUAUUACAGAGUACACAAAAUAUUAUCUUUUAGUAAAACAAGUACCUAUACAUAGUGAUAAGGAAGCGCUUAGAAAAAAAAAUCGAUGCAAAUGGAAUAAAAUAUAUCACCUACGUUGUAAAUGUAUAUUUCUGUGAUCGCUAGCUGCGGACCGGGCAGUGUUCUGUGGGGCGAGUUUUCGGUGGUAUUUAAAUCAUAGACAAUGUGUGAUCAGAUUGCCGAGAAUUUUAGGCACCAUUGCGGUCUGGGGUGGGCAGACCGAUAAAAUGCAUAAAAAUCAAAUAAAUAAUGUAUGAUUGAACUUUCUGACUUGAAGACACUAGCUGUUUGGGGGGGACGUAGAGCCCGUUAAAGUACUCAUUUUGGAAAACGAAUGAAGUUGCAAUUUGUAUACCAAGUGCGAUCAAGUCAAAAGCAAACCACUUCAAAGUUCCAUUUUCAAUUAACCUUUUAAUUGGACGUAUUGGGAUAUCCGUAUGUGUAUGUUGUGCACGUACGCUAACAAUCAAUAAUAAUGAAAAUAUGGUUAUCUAAUCAAUUAGUAUCAGUUAAACGGCAGUAAGAAGUCUUAGUGAAUUCUCUGUGUCUCUAGUGAAAAAAAUACUUCAUUACUUUUCCCUAAUCGACUUCAUUUCGUACGACAAACAGCUUUGACUAUUAUCACAAUAAACUUGGCUGUAUGGAAUAUGUUCCCUUACUUUUCGCAAUGGUAAACAAACGUUUUUGUUUGUAAUCCUGCAAAACUCUAGGAUUGUUUAAACUUAUUGAGGAGUUUUACUCUUAUCAGUUCGUUCGGUGAAUCGCAAUAGAUCUGAAAUAAACAGUGCAUAACAAUUACUUUUAAUCUAAACGCGUAACGCGUAACGGACACAUAAUCGCUCCUGUAAUAAAAGUUUACUUUAAAUAAAAUUAAGCCAACAAAAUGGAACUAUUCUUCUUAUUUACGUUAUUCAGCUUUUCAUUAGCUUCGAUACUGAAUCAAGGCGCUGUAACCUACGACUGUCCGUAUUGUCAGCCGGAACAGAUUCAUAUAGCAUUUGGAGAGAAAACCAAUGACAUCAAAAUAACAUGGUCCACUUUCAACGACACUCAGGAGUCCACUGUGGAAUAUGGAGAAGGUAUUAUGGAAAAGGAAGCUACAGGUUCAGCUACUUUGUUCACUGAUGGUGGUAAAGAGAAACGUUCUCAAUGGAUCCAUACUGUUCUGCUAAAGGACUUGAAAUUUAAUACUAGAUACGUUUACCAUGUCGGUUCUGUAUACGGAUGGUCUGAGCUGUUUUCCUUCAAGACUCCUCCGGAAGGCGAAGACUGGUUAUUGCGGGCCGCUAUAUACGGUGAUAUGGGCAAUAAAAAUGCUCACUCCCUGUCAUACUUGCAAGAUGAAGCCGAACGGGACCACUUCGAUGUGAUCCUCCACGUGGGCGACUUCGCGUACGACAUGGACACGGAGGACGCUCGGGUCGGUGACGAGUUCAUGAGACAGAUCCAGCCGCUGGCCGCCACUGUGCCCUACAUGACUUGCCCGGGAAACCAUGAGGAGAAAUACAACUUCAGCAACUACGUGAACCGCUUCUCGAUGCCCGGCCCGGACUCGAACCUGUACUACAGCUUCGACCUGGGCCCCGUGCACUUCGUGUCCGUAUCGACCGAGGUGUACUACUUCACGGAGUAUGGGCUCAAGUUGAUCGUCAACCAGUACGAUUGGCUAAAGGAGGAUUUGGCUGAAGCGAACACCCCUGAAAACAGGUCAAAGCGGCCCUGGAUAAUACUGUUCGGCCACCGACCCAUGUACUGCAGCAACUCCAACGACAUCGACUGCAGCGUGGAACUCACCCGCGUCGGAAUCGCCGGAAUGUUCGGUCUAGAACCAUUGCUGAUAGAGUUUGGCGUGGACGUGGUCAUAUGGGCUCAUGAGCACUCUUACGAGAGAUCCUGGCCCUUGUACGAUAAUGUUGUGUACAAUGGUACCGAGGGACCUUACAUCAAUCCUGGAGCUCCCGUACAUAUAAUAACUGGGUCGGCUGGUUGCCAAGAGGGACGAGACCAUUUCGGACAUAAUCCUUUCAAGUGGUCAGCGUUUCACUCGCAGGACUUCGGAUAUACGAAGUUGAAUAUCUACAACAAAACGCACAUUAACUUCGAACAGAUCUCCGUUGAUCUCGAAGGACAAACCAUAGACGACUUUUGGUUGAUCAAAAAUAAUAAAAAUAACAGAACUUCUUUUGCGAUACCGAAAUAGGAAUCUUCAAGAUAUAAUAAUGAUCAAAUUUAUUAGGUAAUUAUUAGGUACUAGCGACCCGCCCUCGCUUCGCUUCGGAAUCUAUAAUUUAUUAUUGAUUUAUCCACUAUUUAAUGGAUGUUAUUAUACAUAUAAACCUUCCUCUUCAAUUACUCCUAUCUAUUAAAAAAAACCGCAUCAAAAUCCGUUGCGUAGUUUUAAAGAUUUAAGCAUACAUAAGGACAGAGGAAGCGACUUUGUUUUAUGUAGUGAAGUAUUAGCAUGCGCGCCACCUGGUGGUGAACAGUGACCGUUGUUCAUGGAUAUCAGAAGAGGCAGUCAAGACGCUAACUAGCGCUUACGAUAAGUCAAAAGCGAGAUUUCAUAUAAAUAAUAGAUUAGAUUUAAAUAAAUAGAUUUAAACCUAGAUGAUUACUAAAAUUUUAUUUUUCAUCAAUCCGCAAUGUAAAACGUACAAAACUUCAGGUUCAAGAAUCACAUAAACACGGAAUUGCCUGGAAAACACAGAGCUGACGGAACAUUGUUAUGAGCGCACUAAUAAUAGUAACAUUUCCGUAAGAUUUAGUUAUCUGAAGAACAAUCGCGAGCCAUUUAAAUAUUGUUAUCGUAUUAGAUCACCAGCAUUGAAAUUUCUUCGUUUCUGAGAUCAGCUUCCAAACACACUGCUGUAUUAUUCACGCGCCCCGAUAACGCGAAUCAGAUAAAAGAAAUAAUUACAAUACCUAGACGGCCUACUCGGCGUUCGAAUCAAAUCCGCUUUUAAUACUACGUGCAUUCAGCUGGGAGGGUUUUUUUUAUUGCUUAGAUGGGUGAACGAGCCCACCUGGUGUUAAGUGGUUACUGAAACCCAUAGACAUCUACAACGUAAAUGCGCCACCCACCUUGAGACAUAAGUUCUAAAGUCUCAGGUAUAGUUAAAACGGCUGCCCCACCUUUCAAACCGAAACGCAUUACUGCUUCACGGCAGAAAUAGGCAGGGUGGUGGGUACCUACACGCGCGGACUCUCAAGAGAUCCUACCACCAGUAAAUCUUGUAGUUUAAAUAAAAAACACGUGUGGCACUUGGGGACUGCCGCGGCAAAGCGAUUGCAUAGCAUUUUUAUCAAUUUAUGCAAUUAUAAUCGGACAAUAAUAAUUAAAUAUUAAAACAAUAAUAAAAUAAGACCACGCUAUAUUUAUAAACAUUAACAAAAGCAAAACAUUAACUGUCCCCUUCACACUCAUAAGCUAAGCCGUGCGAGAGAGAGAUGGGCAGACUUUUCAUGAUGUGCAUGCAGCCACAUUUCAUGAUGUCACGCUGCGCGCAUAUCACAAACACUGCACAAGCGCAACGUGUGAAUAUGUUGAACGCGAGCUACAUGGUAAGCGGAGUGGGGGUGUUAGUUUUAUUUUACGUUACGGAAUUUCUUGAUUCGGUCGUCGCGCUCAAAGCCCGCGAUAAAAACUGUGAUAAAAAAUAGCUUAACAAUAGGCACUAAACGUAAUAGUUCACAGAGUUCUAGGUCAAAAGAAAUUGACAAUGAAUCGUGACGUCCGAUCGUGUCUCAUGCUAAGCGACGACGCGACGUUCGUAUGGUAAUCAGUGGAUUCAGUUGCUUUCUAAUCAAGCCGAGGAAUUAUAUGAAUUUACACUUCGAUUCCAUCGACUGAGCUGCCGUAGAUAACAAUAUUAAGUACAUGAGGAAAUAAGUAUUAUAAAAUUAUAUUAUAGUGACUGAC